CGUUGGACUACAGACGCUUUUGUGCUUCUUGUUUUUUAAUCUUACGUCAAACUAAUAAGUGUAAUCUUAAUUGAUACCUUUUCUCAUUUCCUUGUAAUUUUAUCUUUUAACUUUCUUGCAUUUGUUAAAAGACACCUAAGAUUGUGGUGGGAUGAAAGAGGUUUGCAAAAAAACACCUAAGAUUUUACUUGGAAAUUCAUACCUGGACCUAUUGAGUACUCUGUGACCAGUUUGUUUCAGAUCCAACCUGAGAUUAGAUUUGAACCCAACAAAUUUACCCUUUGUUAUUUAAUAAAAGUAACUUAACCAAUCACACAAGAUACUAAAGAGAAUAUAUAUGUGUGUUCCACAAAAAAAAGAAAGAGAAUAUAUAUAUAUAUAUAUCAAAAAAAUUCAAAUAGUUUUAAAUUUUACACAGAAGGUUGUAAAGUUAAUUAUAAAGAAAAAAACUAAACAGUUACUAUAUGUUGAAAAAGAGGGAGUAUUUUUCCUAUGAUCAAAAUGAAUAGCUCUUAUUGUUGGUUAAAAAGGCUAAACAUAAUUGUCAAAACUGAAUACCUUCUGGUUGGAAUAGAGAUAGUAUAAAACUGAGUAGCUUCUUGUUGUUGGUCAAAAAUGCUAAAACAUAAUUGUCUUUUUAACUUUUUAACUUUUGACGAGUACACAGAAGAUUCGACUUGCUUUUCAAACUCUAUAGUCUAUAAGAUUCCGAACAAAUCACACAAAAAAAGGCUAGCAAAAUUCAAAGGUCUCGAAGUCUUUGGUCUCAGAUUUUGUCAAAUACCAAACAACAUUUUAUUUUAUUGAGUCAAUUUUUUUUUUUUGUUAGCCUUAAUUGCUUCUUUAUUUGUUGUAUUUUAUUGUUCCACUCCACGCAAACAGACAAAACCGCUUUAUUUGGCAAUGUGCUCUGCUUCCUCUCAGAAUGCCUCUGAGUUCGUGUCUGUAAACAGAUCUCAAAAAACCCUUCACUUUUCUCUCUCUAGAUUCGCACUCUUUCUCUCUCUCUCUCUCUCUCUCUAAAAGUUAAAAAAAGACACAACCCAUUGAAAUCACUCUGUCCCUCGCUCUCGAAGACAGCGUAUUUCUUGCUUUCUUACCCAUCUGACCAAAAAAGAAAAAACUAUCGCUUUCUCCAGAGAAACUCUCUCUCAGUUUCUUCAUGUGAAUGUUUGGUUAUAGGAAAAGUAGAGAGACAUCCGUGACUUCUUUCGGAAACGGUGUCGUUCUCUUAUUCCCUUCUUUUCACUGCUCAUUGCUCUGUGGUGGAUUACCACUUCAGUUUUGCCUUUUGUCUUCGGUCUCAAUUAUAAAUGAAUCUUCGACUGAUUCUCUAUUCCUCCAAGCUGUUUGUUUAUGGUAAGUUCAGCGAAUCUUGAGGGGAAACUAGAGCUAUUAUUACCAAAUUCGGAAAGAUCAAAGAUUUUUUCAGACAAGAAAAAUGAGAUACAGUUCGGUUCGGUUCUUCUUCUGUCAAAGAAAACAGAACAGUCCUUCUUCUGAUCAAUGACUACUACGACUAAGGUUGAGCAUCUUCGUAACCAUAUUCAUUUAACCAACUGUAUCCACUUGAAGAAUCAUAUGCACAACAACAACAACAACAACAACAAACAGAGUUCGGUUUUAACAGACCGGUCUCUUCUCAUGAGAGACCUCGUCCUUCUUCAGAGGUCAAGGUCACUCAGAGACCCAUCAGCAAGCCCGAGGAUGAAAGAAGAUAACAAGGAAGGAAAAAGAUGAUCUACUUAUAAGAAUGUGGUUAGUAAACCUGGUCUUAGGUUGUGUAGUUCGUCUCCAAUAGUGAGUUUUGGUGGUGGUGGUGGUACAUCUAAAGUGACUCCUUCUGUUGAAAAGCUUGAUGGGUUGAGUAGGAAGAAGAGUUAUCGAGUUCAGAAGUACGAGGAAGAAGGAGGACAUGGAGAACAGAACAUGGCUACAGCUGUUCCUAGACAUGGUUGUGGACUUCCGUUUAACUGGUCUAGGAUUCAUCACAGAGGCAAGACUAUUCUUGAUAUAGCUGGAAAGAGUUUAUCUUGUGGAAUGUCAGAUUCAAAAGGGAGGAAAGGGUUAAACGAUACGCCAAUCUCCUCUUUGCCUCUUUUAGUAGAUAGUGAAGGGUGGCAGCAUGAUUACACAGGAGAAUUAGGUAUCUUCGCUGACGAUCUGCUCAACAAUGGAAAAGAUUCAGACUUCAGUGAAAAUAGCAGCCGUAGAAACGCUCGUCUCCAUCAGAGUUUUACUCAGAAGUAUGGACCAAGAACUUUUAGUGAUCUCGUGGGGCAGAGUCUGGUGGUGCAAGCUUUGUCUAACGCUGUUGCUAAACGAAGAGUGGGACUUCUCUACGUCUUCCACGGUCCGAACGGAACAGGGAAGACCUCAUGUGCUCGAGUUUUCGCUAGAGCGUUGAAUUGUCACUCAAUGGAACAGUCAAAGCCCUGCGGUGUAUGCAGCUCGUGUGUUUCGUAUGAUAACGGUAAGAACAGGAACAUUCGAGAGAUGGGUCCUGUGAAAAGUUUCGACUUCGAGAGUCUGUUCAUAAAGAAGAGGCAGAAGCACCACCUUGUGUUGAUAUUCGAUGAUUGCGAUACUAUGUCGACGGAUUGUUGGAAUGCGCUUUCGAAAGUCGUGGACCGUGCACCUCGCCGUGUGGUUUUCCUUCUUGUCUGCUCGAGUCUUGAUGUGUUGCCUCACGUUGUUGUGUCGAGGUGUCAGAAGUUCUUUUUCCCUAAGCUUAAGGACGCUGAUAUCGUCGGUUCUUUGCAAGGGGUUGCGUUGAAGGAAGAGAUUGAGAUUGAGGAAGAUGCGUUGAAGCUUGUUGCUUUGAGAUCAGAUGGUUCUUUGAGAGAUGCUGAGAUGACUCUAGAACAGCUGAGUUUGCUUGGGACGAGGAUCUCUCUUCCUUUAGUUCAAGAAAUGGUUGGUUUAAUCUCCGAUGAGAAGUUGGUAGAUCUUCUUGAUCUAGCUUUAUCCGCGGAUACUGUGAACACAGUGAAGAAUCUGAGAACAAUAAUGGAAACUGGAGUAGAACCGUUAGCUUUAAUGUCGCAGCUCGCAACAGUCAUAACCGAUGUCCUUGCCGGAAGCUAUGAUUUCACUAAAGAAGAGUGUAAAAGAAAGUUUUUCAGACGACAACCAUUGAGUAAAGAAGAUAUGGAGAAGCUGAGACGAGCUUUGAAAACGUUGUCUGAAUUAGAAAAGCAGUUGAGAGUCUCAAACGAUAAAGUAACUUGGCUCACUGCUGCAUUGCUCCAGCUAGCUCCUGAUCAACGCUACUUGGUUCCGCCUAGUCCUUGUAACAACGCUGCACCUAGACCUUCGGUUGAAGAUAUUUGGUUAGCUGUGAUAGAGGAUGUCCGAGUUAAUGGUUUAAGAGAGUUUCUUUAUAGGGAAGGGAAGAUCUUUUCUAUUAGUAUCGGUUCAGCUCCUACGGUGGAGUUAAUGUUCAACUCGCCUGUAACGAAAUUAACGGCUGAGAAUUUUAGAGAUCAUAUUCUGAGAGCGUUUGAGGCUGUUCUUGGUUCUCCUGUCACUCUAGCGAUAAGAAUAGAAUCAAAGAAAGACCUGAAAAACGUUGGUUCGUCGUCGUUAAGAAGCGAGAUCGUUGAAUUGGAGGAUGAGACUGAAUCUGAUAGAAGGAAAGACUUGGAAGCGAGCCAGAAACAGAGCAUUGUGAGAGGAAAAGCGUCGUUGGGUCAGGUGAUAAAGCAAGCUGAAGGAAACAGUUGGUCGAAACGCAAAGCGAUGCUGAUUGCAGAUAAGCUUGAACAUGAGAAUCUGAGACUUGAAUCCAGUUCAAGAAGCUUGAUAUGUUGGAAAUCGUCGAGAAGCGUACGUCGCAAGGUAUCGAGAUUGAAGAAGGUGAGGAGAAGAAGAGUACGACUACAUUCGUUGUUGAAGAUUGUCAUGUGUGGGAAAAGUUUAUCAACGGCAUCCCCUUCUAGGUUUUAAGAUGGGUUUUUUUCUAGUACUAGUAUGAAGAUAAGCUGUUCGUCCUUCGUUUUUCUUAUCUUCUUUAGGCAGAUAUUUAAUGUAAUUUUUUGUAUUUUUUCUUGUUUUGGGUAAGUAAUCUUUGUAGCUGUAUUUUUUUAAAAAAGUAUUUUCUUUCCACAACUAUAAGCAACGAUUCGGAUGUGAAUCAUAGUGGAUGGUGAUUUCGGAUAUGGCGCACCACUUUUUAUGACGAUGGUAAUGAUUUUUAUGAUUAUGUAUAUGAUCAAUAAGUUAUCCAACAAAAGUCUCUUGACAAACAGGGAACUAAACGAAAAUAUCGAACGCUUUAACCCUAGAAUUUUGCUUUUGGUUUGUGUAAUGAUUUACCAAAUCCGUUUAACGUGGGAACGGUUCGUUUCUCUCUUUUAACGUUUAAGUAUAACUAUGUGGAUGUCGGCGAAUUCACGAGACACGAGUAUAAAUAUUCUUUGAGAAAUAUCAUAUUUUGUAUUUAAAUUUAAUUAUAAGAUUAAAUAUGUUCUUUAACAUCCAGAUAUGAGAUAUGCUUAGUUUUUUUCAAAAAUUAAUGCUAAAGAAAACACAGAACACAAGACGAUAAAUAUUAACUAUCUCAUGAAUAUAUAAAUGAUUUUAUUUUGAACUUGUAUGCAAAUACAAAUAAUUUUAUCAAAAAAUACAUAUAAUUAUGUCAUAAUAUAGUUAAGCCGGUGAUAACGCUUUUGAAACAGACACACAAUGAGCCCAUACUUCAUCUCUUUUCUGUAAAUAUUUUGAUUCGUUUCCAAUUAAACUAGGUCUAUCCGCGAUAUAUUUGACAAGGGUGUCGUGACACUCUUUUCCUUCUUGUAUAAGCUCCUGGCAACAAGGAAUGGAUACAACUCCAUUACCAAAAACUUGAGAAAUGAUAUUGAGCGCACACUUUGGACUGAUUUUAACAACACAUUGAUCCCAUAAUUUUUUGGGUUCAUUUUCUUCUAAGGCUAAUGAAGGAAUACAUGUACUCGCCACAACAAGAACAACAAAAGACAUCAUAAUAAUGUUAAGCUUGGCCAUGGUUUUUUGGCUAUAUGGGGAGUUAAUGUUUAAUUUUUCUCAAUAUAGAAUAAGAAAAUAGCUUUUAAAUUUAUGAUCUGGUUUGAAUAAACGAUGAUAAUCCUAUUUAUAGAUAUGAAUAAUCAAUAUUAAACAUUUAUUGUAGAGAAAUAACUUUGCUUUUGACGGUUUUAGUUCAUUAAAAUUUGUUAAGUUACAUUUUUCUUGAUGAAGUUAUUAAUUGUUUAAGUUAAUCAUUUAUAAACAAUUAAAUUAGAAUUCUUGUAAUAUAGAAAUAAAGACACAAAAAGAAAGUGUUUAAAUCAAAUAACAAAGCAAAAAACACUUCCUUUAAACUUUUAAAAUACUUAGAAAGUGUUUAAAUCAAGUUAUUAGAUAGUCAAUAAACACAUAUAGCUCAAAAAAAAAUUUUAAUAAAGAAAAUAAUAUUUCAAAAUCAGACCCUAAUAAUACCACAAUACUAUAACAUAUGUCACCAAGCUCUAAGCCAAUGUCUAUCAUGGGUUAAUCUACAUUUACUCAUCUAUGUUGAAAAUAAUUCAAUUUUAGUAAAACUAAAUUUACAUCAUUUAGAAAUGUUUAUUAUUACAUGAUUUCAAUUUCUUUUCCAUCAAAAUAUUUUUAUAAAAACUUUAAAUUAUUUUAAAAAUCUACUGAACAAGAAGACUUACAAAGAAGUCUUCUCAGAGAAGAAUUCUUCGUACUCACACGGAGGGUUGUAAUAGUAAAACUCAAUACAUGUUUUUUGUUUGGUCAUAAGGAUGUUGUUUUUAUUUUACUAGCCUUUUGAGUAACUUUAGCAUUUGAUUGAAUUUAGGGUACACUUUUGUAUUGAAAAUAAAGUUUUGAGUUAUUUUUGGUAAUUUAGCCUAAUUUUAUUUUAUCUAUUUUAUAAUUUCAAUAUGCAGAGAUGGUUAUGACUCCAUUGGGAUAAAAAAAAAAUACAAAUUUCAGUUUUUAUACAAAAAUAAUAUGUAAAAUCUGUAUAACAAUUUCUUUAAUAAAAAACCAAAAUAAAAAUGAAAACAUUGAUUCAAAGUUAACCUUGCGAUAUUAGAUUUUAUCCGUUUAUAACCUACAUAAUAGUUUAAUUACUAGAUAUAUUUCGAAAGAAAACUUAUGUCUUUCAUAUUAAACAUAUAAAUAAAAUACACAUACUUACAUAAAUUAAUUAAUUGAAAUAUAUAUUCUUGAAGAUAUAUUUUAGUAAAGAAGAGCCCUUUUAAAAACGCUUUAUGGUACUGUUUUGAGGUGCGACUACCGUUGUAUUUGGUUCAUCUUUCAAUCAUAAUUAAAAAUAUUUUUUAUUAAUUAUUAAAAAAACAUAUGUAAAUCUUUUUGUAAACUCCAAUUUUUUUAAAUGGAAAACGUUGUGCGACCAAUUGCAAGAGAUAUCUUAAAUGUAAUAAGCCUGUUGCGAUCUUUUGUUGUCGUGAAAGGCUAGAGUCUUAUGAUUUCAAAUAAAAUAUGUGUUUUCAUAUUUUGCUAUUUAAGUUAAUUAAAAUUGUGAGUACAUAAAAAAUUUAAAUAAGUUUUUUUUUUAUAAUUUGGGAUUACACCUUUUUAUUUUGUAUUCAAAAGUGAGAAAAGAAUGAAAUAAUGGUAAAGAAAUCAUGCAACACAAGACGAUAAGUUUAAAUAUCUCAUGAAUAUAUAGAUUAUUUUAUUUUAAACUUGUAUGCAAAUCCAAAUAAUUUUAUCAAAAUUAUAUAUAAUUAUGUCAUAAUAUAAUUAAGCCGGUGAUAACGCUUUAGACACAGACACACAAUGAGCCCAUACUUCAUCUCUUUUCUGUAAAUAUUUGGAUUCGUUUCUAAUUAAACUAGGUCUAUCCGCGAUUUAUUUGACAAGGGUGUCAUGACACUCUUUUCCUUCUUGUACAAGCUCCUGGCAACAAGGAAUGGAUACAACUCCAUUACCAAAAACUUGAGAAAUGAUAUUGAGCGCACACUUUGGACUGAUUUUAACAACACAUUGAUCCCAUAACUUUUUGGGUUCAUUUUCUUCUACGGCUAAUGAAGGAAUACAUGUAUUCGACACAAUUAGAACAACAAAAGACACCAUAAUAAUGUUAAGCUUGGCCAUGGUUUUAUGGUUAUAUGGGGAGUUAAUUUUUAAUUUUUCUCAAUAUAGAAUAAGAAAAUAGCUUUUAAAUUUAUGAUAUGGUUUGAAUAAACGAUGAUAACCCUAUUUAUAGAUAUGAAUAAUCAAUAUUAAACAUUUAUUGUUGAAAAAUAACUUUGCUUUUGAUGGUUUUAGUUCAUUAAAUUUGUUAAGUUACAUUUUUCUUGAUGAAGUUAUUAAUUGUUUAAGUUAAUCAUUUAUAAAUAAUUAAAUUAGAAUUCUUAUAAUAUAGAAAUAAAGACACAAAAAGAAAGUGUUUAAAUCAAAUAACAAAACAAAAACACUUCCUUAAACUUUUAAGAUACUUAGAAAGUGUUUAAAUCAAGUUAGUAGAUAGUCAAUAAACACAUAUAGCUCAAAAGAAAAUUUUAAAAAAGAAAAUAAUGUUUCAAAAUCAAACCCUAAUAAUACCAACAAUGCUAUAACAUAUGUUACCAAGCCCUAAACCAAUGACUAUCAUGAGUUAAUCUACAUUCACUCAUCUAUGUUGAAAAUAAUUCAAUCUUAGUAAAACUAAAUUUACAUCAUUUAGAAAUGUUUAUUAUUACAUGAUUUCUAUUUUUUUCCCAUCAAAAUAUUUUUAUAAAAAUUUUAAAUUAUUUUAAAAAUCUACUGAACAAGAAGACUUACAAAGAAGUCUUCUCUAAGAAGACUUCUUUGUACUCACACGGAGGGUUAUAAUAGUAAAACUCAAUACAUGUUUUUUGUUUGGUCAUAAGAAUGUUGUUUUUAUUUCACUAGCCUUUUGAGUAACUUUAGCAUUUGAUUGAAUUUAGGGUACACUUUUGUAUUGAAAAUCAAGUUUUGAGUCAUUUUGGAUAAUUUCCCCUAAUUUUAUUUUAUCCAUUUUAUAAUUUCAAUAUGCAGAGAUGGUUAUGACUCCAUUGGGAUAAAAAAAAAUACAAAUUUCAGUUUUUAUACAAAAAUAAUAUGUAAAAUCUGUAUAACAAUUUCUUUAAUAAAAAACCAAAACAAAAAUGAAAACAUUGAUUAAAAGUUAACCUUGCGAUAUUAGAUUUUAUCCGUUUAUAACCUACAUAAUAGUUUAAUUACUAGAUAUAUUUCGAAAGAAAACUUACAUCUUUCAUAUUAAACAUAUAAAUAAAAUACACAUACUUACAUAAAUUCAUUAAUUGAAAUAUAUAUUUUUGAAGAUAUCUUUUAGUAAAAUAGAGCCCUUUUAAAAAUGCUUUAUGGUACUGUUUUGAGGUGCGACUACCGUUGUAUUUGGUUCAUCUUUCAAUCAUAAUUCAAAAUAUUUUUUAUGAAUUAUUAAAAAAACAUAUGUAAAUUUUUUUGUAAACUCCAAUUUUUUAAUGGAAAACGUUGUGCGACCAAUUGCAAGAGAUAUCUUAAAUGUAAUAAGCCUGUUGCGAUCUUUUGUUGUCGUGAAAGGCUAGAGUCUUAUGAUUUCAAAUAAAAUAUGUGUUUUCAUAUUAUGCUAUUUAAGUUAAUUAAAAUUGGGAGUACAUAAAAAUUUCAAAUAAGUUUUCUUUUUUAAUUUGGGAUUACACCUUUUUAUUUGGUAUUCAAAAGUGAGAAUAUAAUGAAAUAAUGGUAAAGAAAACAUGCAACACAAGGCGAAAAGUAUUAAAUAUCUCAUGAAUUUAUAAAUGAUUUUAUUUUAAACUUGUAUGAAAAAACAAAUUAUUUUAUCAAAAUUACAUACAAUUACGUCAUAAUAUAAUUAAGCCGGUGAUAACGCUUUUGAAACAGACACACAAUGAGCCCAUACUUCAUCUCUUUUCUGUAAAUAUUUGGAUUCUUUUCCAACUAAACUAGGUCUAUCCGCGAUAUAUUUGAUAAGGGUGUCAUGACACUCUUUUCCUUCUUGUACAAGCUCCUGGCAACAAGGAGUGGAUACAACUCCAUUGCCAAAAACUUGAGAAAUGAUAUUGAGCGCACACUUUGGACUAAUUUUAA